AUGGGCGGGGCUUUCCUGUUGCGCAAUGAAAUGGGCGGGGCUCAGGGUGGGGGGCGUGGUCUGAGGCGUAACGAGUACAGCUUUGCCCUGGUGUCUGCCUCUGCCCACCUGGAGCAUUACCAGCGUGUGGAGCUGCCCGCUGCUAUGCAGGCACUGGACGGGGACCUCUACGAGCGGCUCCGGGAGCACUUGUCGGCCGCCAGCCGGACAGAGGUGGAGACCUGCCGGGCCACCCGGGACUGGUUCCAGGGCGUUGUGGAGGCGUCUGCACGGGUGUGCCGGGAGCAGGACCUCCUCCUCUUCCUGCACGACCACCCCGCCUUCUCCCUGGCGCCUGAGCAGCGCUUCCAGCUCUCCGGGGUGGAGGAGGUGUGCCUGAUGCCACCAGCAGACGACGGGGCCAGCCUGGAGAAGGAGGCACGGCGCUGGGCCACGCGGGUGGCCCGGGACCACAAGAACAGGGCGCACAGCGAGGAGGUGCUGCAGAGGCUGGAGGCCAGGCGGCAGCAGGGGCUGGAGGCAGAAGCGGCGGCCGUGGAGCGGCAGAUGGAAGAAGCAAGGGAAAAUAUCCGGAAGGCAGAGGUGAGCCGAGUGAAGGCCGAGGCACGGCUGGCACUGCUGCGGGCAGCAGGGCUGAACGUGGAUGCCUGGCUGGCCGGGGCCACCAUGGUGGGGACAGGUGAGGAGACCCCCACGGGGCUGGACCCGGCCGAGUUCGAUGACUACGAGGACAGUGAUGAGCCGGAUGAGGACGAUGAGCCUGGGCCUGCUGCUCGCACCUACCCCUACACCUGCCGGGUGAUCUUUGGCUACCAGGGCUGCCAGGCGGACGAGCUGUCCAUCAGCCAGGGCGAGGAGCUGGAGAUCAUCGAGGAUGGGGAUGCAGAGGAGUGGGUGAAGGCUCGGAACAAGGCAGGGCAGGUCGGCUACGUCCCUGAAAAGUACCUGCUGUCCCUGGGGUGCGAUUCGGGGGCUGGGCUCGGCCCCCCAGGACCCUCUGCCUUGCAGCGCCAGCUCUCCAGCAUCAUGGCUGCAGAACUGGUGCUGGAGCCUGGAGCCUGGCUGGUGCGAGCCCUGUAUGACUACGAGGGGCAGAGCCCCGAGGAGCUGAGUUUCCCUGAGGGGGCCAUCAUCCGGGUGCUGCCCCGUGCCGCCGGUGAGGUGGACGAUGGCUUCUGGACCGGCGACUUCGACGGCCGCGUCGGCGUCUUCCCCUCCUUGGUGGUGGAGGAGCUCACCGGGGCCCGGGAGGCAGCCGGGCAGGAGCUGCCGUCGCCGUCCCCUCCGCCCUUCUCCCCUCCUGGCCUGGCACCCGGGGCCAGCCUGGUCCCCAGCCCUGCUCCUGAGACAGCACUGGGAGGUUGCCGGCAGGAUGGCACGGGCAGCGGGCAGAGUUCUCCAGACCUGGCAGCCACGCGUCUGCGGCCGCUCCGUGCGCCGCCCCCGCCGCCCGGCAGAGCCCCUGAGCCCGACCCCGAGCUUCACCUCAGCUGACCCUGUGGGUCCCCCCAGCCCCCCAAGCCCCAAAAAGCUUUGCCCAAGCAAGCCACCACAGGCUGCUGUCCCAGCAGUGGGACUGGUGCUGCCCCAUGCCCCGAGCUGGUCUCUCCAGGGGCUGCAUCCUGCCCAGUGCUGCUUGCACAGUGGUCCUGCAUCCCGGUACAGCACCCAGAACCCC